GGCCUCAAACAAACUAACCCAAUAUCAUGGCUCUCGCUCUCUCUCUCUAUAGCUCUUAGUCUCUCUCGAUCUCCCUCUCUCUUACACUCUUUCUUACCACCGAUUUCUUCGUCGCUUUGUUUCUUUCUCCAAUCAGUUAAUAUGUAUGACAAAGAGAAAAUAUUCAACAGAGACCAGUUACAACAAGUCACUUUGUUAUCUCUACCCAUUUAUAUUAUCAAUUCCUCCACAAAGAAACAACAACUCUUUAUCUAUCUUCUCUAUCGGCAAGACCCUACGUAGGUUGCGGAAGAUAAAAGGAUCGAUUCUUCACUCAAGACCCAGAGAGAAGAAGACCACGUAAGUCACGUCAGACUCUGUAUAUAUAUCCUGUGCUGUGUCCCAUUCGGUACGCAAGCCUCAACAUAUACAUUUUUCUUCUUCUCUUUAAGAUGGCGGAAAUCCCGAAGUUGGAUUUGUCGUCUUCUUGUUUUGACCAUAGAGAGGCUUUGGAUUCGGAACAGAAGAGCCAGAAAAUUUUAGUUUCGGAUCACAUAAACGCAUUUCAAUACACAGCCGAUAGCUUUGUGAUCGAUAUGGAUGCCUUCUCUUCCGGCCACAACAAAGAUGCCACCAAUGCUAAUUCCAGAAUUACGUUGCAGAGGAGUCUUUCCAGGAAGGGAUCCCAGCGUUUGGGUGACAGGAAGGUGAAUAACAAUGCUACACUUUAUGAUAAGGAUAUCGCUCCUGCUAUAUGCUCUCCAAAAGUUGCACUUGUUGGGCCUUUCACGCCCGAAAAGCCAGCAGGGAUGGAAGUAGGGACCAUGGAUCAUUCCAUGAACCCACACGUCCAUCAUCCGAUUACUACGACAGCCAACAACAUCCCUACAGAGAGCAAAUGUAGUAUAACUCGGAGAAAUAGUUUUAGACGACCUUCUUCAUGGGCCAUUGAUCCCAAAAGGGUUCUCCUUUUCUUUGCCACCUUGUCAAGCAUGGGAACAAUGUUGCUGAUAUACUUCACUCUGACAAUCAGUAAGCAAAGUGCAGAUGAAUAUGGGGGUGAUUGGAAGCAUUGACUGAAGGUUUUGGAUUAUGAUGCAUUAAUUCUGGAGCAAAGUUACGUUAAAAUCCCAGAAAUGGAGCAACACUGCAGCAGGUGUAGCAAAGCAAAAGCUAGCCAAAUUUCGGCCAGCCUGAUGUCAGAAUCGGUUAAAAUCUGCUUUUCGACGUCGUCUCUUUGGCAACUACAACUACAAGAGAUAAAUUAAAUACAAAGACAUAAUAUAAUGUAGUAAGGACAUUGCCCUUCAGUUUAUAUGCUGCGUGAUCGCAGGGCUUAGUGGAGGAUGGAUCAUAAAGUCACAUUUUGCUAUUUCUGAUCCAUGAUCCUUAUCUUAAUACCCUCUUUUUGUUCUGCUUUGCUCGUGCAUGCAAUCUAAAAGCAAGUGACCAACCUUUUUAGUGUUGUGAGUUUUCAUGAAAGCUGAGGGAAUUAAAGAAAGCCAUUACCACGAGAGGCGGCUAGAAGCUACAUUAGUGUUUGCCUGGGCAGUAGUCACCAACGCGUGCUUAAAGGCUUUUUUUCCCCCUCUGAAAAAUGUUGGAGUCCUAUAGUGCUUUUUCCAGGGACAAAGAAUGUUUAUUUAUUUCGGAAUAGACUAGGUAUGAAUGCACUUUGGUCGAAAUAACUGCAAUUGUGGAUGUUACAUCCGUUUUCCCAAGCAACAUAUGUAAGCCAAUGUUAAAAUGAAGAGAUAAUUUUGAAUUUUUUAU